UGAUUUGGGGGCGGAGCCUAGCGCGUUCAAAACACAGCCGACCUCAAUUCUUCCUCCUCGUUUUUGCGCUUUUUUUGUUCUCGUCCGUUUUUUUAGCUUGUUUCUCAUUAACUUGUAUCUGUUUGCUCCAAGUUUACUUUUUUUUUACUCAUAUGAUGCGGUUGCUUUCCUUGCAUCGUCGGAGAGACACGUUUUGUUCCGAGAUUGUUUUCCCAGCAGCAUCCCGCUGUUUUGUUUGUUUGUUGGCGCUUACGAGGAACAUGGACUGAUCCGUAUAAAUGCACUUCCAGCCGAACAUACUUCGUGCUUUUGCUAUUAAAAAGGGGUGUGUGUCCUGGGUGCAGCCUGGCCUGUGUUGUGGAGGAGGAGAAGGUGAUGAAGAACCCAGAAGCUGCAGAGGGUCGAAGGCUGGUUGGCCUGCUGGAGGCAGCUCUGGUCAGAGAGGCUCGCCUCUGGAAGAUCCCUAUUUUAAAAAAUGGAUGCAUACAGGGUACUGACAUCUCUUCACUCCAACACCAGCAAGUGAUCCUUUGGCUUGGAGAAAUGAGCCGACUGUUUGUGUUCUGUCCAGAGACAUAUGCACUGGGAGUGUGUGUCCUCAACCGAAUGUUGUCCACUGUCAAGGCUCAGACAAAAUACCUGAAAUGUAUGGCUUUUACCUCACUGGUCCUGGCUGCCAAAAUCAACGAGGAAGAUGAGGUCAUAGGUUCUGUUAAAGACUUGGUGGUUCAGAGCGGAUGCAACUUCUCAACAGCGGAGAUUCUUCGCAUGGAGAGGAUCAUUCUAGACAAGCUGCACUGGGACUUGUACACGGCAACACCCGUGGAUUUCAUUCACAUUGUGAGUCACAGAUCGACACACUGACAAACAGAACAUUUUUAUCAUUCCCGAAGCAUUUCAAAAUGAGUUUGACUUUGAAAAACUUCAGGAUCUCGUACAUCACAAGCAGUGCAAAAGCAUAGAAACCGUCAUGCUUCAGUUUUAACACCUCGUCCAGCUCCUUUCUGACUAUAGAAUUGGUCCAAGGAUACGUUGUGCGUUUAUUUAAUUUGAUGUGCUCAUAAUAAAUUUUCUAAACGGCUAUUGGUUUUUAAUAAUCAGUUUGAAAAUCUAAAUUCAGAAUCUUAUUGUUUGAAUUUAGCUGCACAAAUCCCUCAGAGCAACGCUGGCAAUUAACAAGAGUGUUCAUUGAAAUGACUCCAAUGUCUUAUUUGUGUUUAAAACCACAUAAAAUCAUCUGUAGUAUGGUGGAUCAGCUGAACUGGUCAUUUCUCAGUAGUUUGCAGCUAAACAAGUCAAUUAUGUGAUGGUUGAAUGAUGAAGAAAAACAAUUCUCAUCAGAAUCUGAUAAUCUAAUUUUUCUUGUAUGAAAAAAAAAUCUGCAUACAAAGCAUCCUCAGAUUCAUCUGAAAGACGUGGGAUUGAUUUAGUGAGCUAACCAGCUGCACAUCAAACCAAGGCACUUCUAUCUGAAGUCUUCCUGUAGAAACAUAAACCAGGUUUGGUUUUUGAUGGUUAAACAUUAAGAGUAACAGCAAAAUUCAAGCUGCUGAUCGUUGCUUCUCGUUCUAACACAAACAAAAGGGGUUUGUUGUUUUUCACUAAACUCCUUUCUGUUCUGUUUACAGCCUGGAUCUGUGCACAGUCACUUAAUUUACCAAAACCCUCAAAUUCUUUCCCAAGGCAGUAAGCACUGAUGGAAUUGCCACCAAACAGACACACAUGACACCAUUUAGUUCCCAGCAUGCACUUGGGCCUGGGGCGGUAUUCAUAAAGCCUUUAAUGAAAACCGGGGUCAAGGAGGCAGCACACCUGAGAAGGUUUUAUUGAGUUUUUUUUUGGAGGGGGUCUGUGGUUAUUAGUUUUUGUGGAAUGAUGAAUUGAAAUGUAAAAACUGGGCUCCAUCUGCUGUGUUGAUUUGUUGUAAUGUGAAAUUUCUGCUCCACGUCUAAAAACUGGUUGGAUUUGCAGCUGCUUUUUGUUUAAAACAAGCUACGGUAGCACUGUUGAAUUGGGUUAACUACGCUGGUCAGGAGCAGAUCAGCAUCUAAAGACUGAUUUGUGAGUUUAAUUAAAAUCCAUGCAGUGGUUGAUUAGAUGCAGGCAAAAACACUGUUGCAUGACCUCAAAGUAUAAAUUCAGAGUUUGUCUCUCUCAGAGGCACCUUCUAGAGGCAGAAAAACGUACUGCACCUUAAGCUCGUUUCCCUACUUCUGUGUUUUUUUUUUUUUUUUUUUGUUUUUUGUUUUUUUUGCUGGAAGCAACGCCUCUCGUUGGUGAACGUACCUCUAGUCGGCCAACUAAACUAAAAAUUCUUUCACAUUUAUCCUUACAUUGUGUGGUUUAUUCAUAUGAAUAUAAUUUUUUUUAAGACUUACUUGUCUAUAAGAAAUGUCACCAAAUCUGCAUCAGUGGGUACACCCGCAAACACUUGAGAUUGACUGUGCGUAAUCAGAUGUCUAACGCUAUUGGCCAAUUCUGAGCAGUGCACAAUUCAAAAUGCACAGGGCCCUGCGGGGCGGGCUUAAAAAAAUUGAUGUAUUGCCUACACAGUACAGGGUACUAUCGCAUUUACGGAUUUUAAAAAAAAUAACUCUUAGUUGCUUCUUCAAAGUUGUGGAACACUGAAAAAAAAAAUUUAAAUCUCAUUUCAGAUUAUUUAACUUCCAGGAAUCAGCAGAGAACAUCUUGACUUGAAGAAGCUAAUUGUUAGCAUUAGCAACUCCACCACGCAGCAGAACUUCUUCAGGCUUGUGUUAUUUGUGGAGAUAAAACUGCGUUGCAAGUCAGUGGUUCAGUCAUGUUGCUGUUAUCCAGUCUGGUGCGAGAUGUCUAAAUAUCAGGAAAUAAGACUCCAAAUCCUAUCGUCUGAAGCUCUGCCAUCACGUGACUCACUUCUAGUUCCUGGAAAUGGUGCACCGGUGUUUUUCUUCCCCAGAGUACGACUUGCAAGGCGUUCACUCCUACUAGAGACCACUGGAAGUUUGAUUAAAUGAGUGUUCGACCCCUUUAAUAAUAAAACGAGCCAGCUGCUGCUUUAUGAAUACAGCCCAACAUUUUUUUCUAACAAGUAUUUACCACAAGUCGGAUGAAAAAAAGCUUUCUGAUAUAAAUCCCAAUCCCCACUUUGUGUGAUCUUUAUAUAUAAAUCCGUAUGCUGCUCCCUCACAUCACUAGAGUUGUAGCUCAGCUCAGGAUUUAGACUUUUUUUUUAAGCCACAAACUAAAUUCUGUCCCAAAUAAAUGUCCUUUUUCCUCUCUGUUACAGGUUGAGUCCAUAUAGUGUUUACAAUACUAUUGAUUCAUUUCAGGUGUUACAAAAAUUCAAGAGCUUUAAAAUAAAAAUACAUAAUGUAAGAAUAAAACUAUAGUCAAAUAAACACAUUUCUCAUUAUAUUCAAAUAAAUAUAUUUCAAAUAAAUACUUUCUCUAAAUAUCUCAAAUUUGCUGUAAAUAUCUGCCCUGUGUUUCCUUUUUUUUUUUAAAGAGUUUUACAAAACAAUAAUUUGUCACAGACUUUCCACCAUGACUAUAUAUGAAUAAAUGAGGAUUUACAGAUUCUCCCACUGUCAUCCUUCAGUGAUUCUGCAUCAAGUGAAACUGAGAGUCGAUGCGUUGCUCCACAGAGCUCAAUCCACCUCUCAGCGCACUUUGGCUUUCUUUUAAACACAUGGCUUGUUUCUGCUAGUGAAUAAAACACAAAAUGCACAGAUGGGUGUUUGCAACAAACUACGAUGAAUGCGGCGUUGGCGAAUUUCUUCACCAACUUGUUGAACUAAAGUCUGGUGCAGCUUAAGCCAGUCGUGCUUAACUGAUCGGCCUUCUGAAUGGAUGUAUGUCGCUUUAAUCAUGUCUCCACUAUAAGAGAUCCAUUAAAUUUCUGGGAGGGGAAAAAUGGCUUGGUCCUCUCAGGCAUUGUGUCUCCAUACAAAAUUGGCCCUUUCCUUUUGUGACAUCACUGAUAGGCGCCAAAAGGCAAACAGUUAUUAAUGUCAAUGUUUUAUUCAGUCACAGCACGCCGUUUUAACCCAUUUAGGGAACUGAUUGUGGCGUAAAAAACGUUAACGACCAGAUGGGGAAGAUGGAUUCGAUGUUCUAUCAGAUCGUAUUGUUAACUACUUUGUACUGCUGCUAUAAAAUAUACUGCAAGGCUUCUGCCUUAUACCUGCAAACUUUUGGAUAAUUUGUGAUUCCGAUACGUUGCCAUCUGUUUCUAUGUUCUGUAAAAAAAAAAAUCAAA